AACGAAGAUAUUCAGAAGCAAAAGAAGAGCACAUUUGUAUUUGAACUUUUUUUGUUAACAUAAUCGUUUAUAUUAAUUUGUUUUUACUUAAACUUCAGUUUUCAAAUACUUUGGCUUUCAUCAUCGCAUCCCGUUAGCCACUAUAUAUAUGUCUCCGCUAUAGUGUUCGUUUUCUAGAUAUGAAUUUACGGAUACUUCUGCUAGUUUUCGGUUUCUACUUGAUAAAAGGUGCAACUGCGAACACUGAAAUCUUGACGUUUAAAGGCUCCAGUAUCUUUAAUCGGAAUGACGAAAAUGUUGCAGACUGCAUGUUCAAUCUUCAAAAAAGCAAUCAGAUAACUUUAAAUGUACCAAUGAAACCCAUGGUAACCCAGUCAUCAUCAUCUCAAACCGUCAAAAUCUGCGGACUGAGAUAUAACAGCAUGUAUACUUUGCGGUCAUCAUGGCCAGCGGUCUACCCAAUUCAUAUGUUAUUACAUGUUAAAAACGAUAAUUUGACGUUAAUUGUUGAACCGGAUUUUUACCCAAGCAAGGUUUUUGACGGGAGUGACUUCAAAUCCGUUCCUGUCCAACUUGUUAUUGAUCGUAUGUUGCUCAAUGCUUUACCGGAAAGUCUGUUACCAUUCAUUAUAGCUUUGAGCACAUUGUCAGUGAUGACAGCCGUUAUGGCAUUUUUUUAUUUGACAGUAGUGCCCAACCUCAAGAAAACAUAUGUACAUCAUCAAUCUUAAAAUAUCGACAAAAGUGGUCUUCAUUUUUAAGGUCAAUUGUUACCAACCUAUAACAGUGAACAAAUAGUUUCGGAAAUUUUUCAUUAAAAUAGGCGUAAAAGCCAUCAGGAAGAGACCCAAGAAUUUGUUUAACGUCUUCCGGCAAAUCCUGAUAGUGGUGUUUCUGUUCUAGUUAGUAUCAGGUUAUAACACGGAUAUUAACAAACCUUGUUCCUUAAAACUCUCAAUAUAUCCAGGACUUUUCCGCCGUCAUACUUCCGGUAUUUACCAAGGUUUUCAAGCAGUGAUUCAUGCAGUUCUUUAGUCCAAUCUCCCUUAAUUAUAUCUUCUGUAUGCAAUUCUAAACGCUGCAAAAGAGCUGAAGGUGGCUCACGAGGCUCACACUCGUAGCGGUCAGAAACAUCAAUGAGAAAAUCAAGUUUCUUAGAAACACUCCAAAAAAAUGGAUGUAUCAGUACUUGCUCAAUUGACGGCCGCUUUUCUGGAGAUGAGUGUAGCAUCGUUUUCAGAAGAUCCUUCGCCAAGAAGCCCUUUGCUCCCAUUUCAUUUAAUCGAUCCAAAGAAAAGCGCCCUUUGAUGAUAUUCCUUUCGCGAACAUAGUUAGAACCAAAUGGAUGUUCACCGUUUGAAAGUAUAUAAUAAAAAACACAGCCCAAGGAGAAAAUAUCAAUGGCUUUGGUAAUCCGAAAAGGACUUCUUUGAUACGUUUCCUCUACACCUUUUUUGGUAUGAUUUGAAGUAGUAUUGCUCAUUAAAACUUCACGUGGCCGCCAUCCGACAGAACCCGCAACAUUAUAAGUUAAAGCGUGAUACGUGUAAUCUUUUGUUUCAAGCUUUCGACUUAAACCAAAAUCAGAGAGCAUAACCCGAAUUGCCUUCUUCGACCCGACUCUGUGAGAUUCACUCAAAGCAAGUAAAAUAUUAUGAGGUUUUAAAUCACGAUGAACCAAGUUUAAGCGGUGCAAAUGGUAAACGCCGAGCACUAUCUGUCUCAUAACAUUAUAGGGUUCAAACGCCUCAACGAUCGUUGGCUUUGGAUCUUUUUCAAAAAAAUCAAACAAGGAACACUCACAAAGCUCCAAUGCAAUAUAAGAGAAUUUCCCGCUGUCUUUCCUGCAAUAAUAGCGUACAACAUUUGGGUGAAAAUCCGCUUUCUGCAACAGAGUGACUUCCCUGGUUGCUAUAUCAUAAAAAUCUAGCAACACGCGUUUAACCGCAACUGAUCGUCCCUCGUAUUGACCUCGAAAAACAAUUGUGCCAUGGCUUCCAUACCCUAAGAUUUCUGAAGAGACUUCCAAUGGACCUAAAAUGACAUCAUUUUCAAAAGAUUCAAGGCGAUUAAUGUCAAGCGCUUUCUGCACGUCGUGUACAACACUAAGUUUUGGUUGAUCAUCAGAUUCUAAACUGUAAGGCUGAUUCUCAGCAACAACUUUUGCUGCCUUUUUCUUUUUAUUUGCUUUUUUCCUGCGUCGUUUUGACACAUUAGUAUCAUAUUUGGCAUCUUCCGAGCUUCUCGUCGCUUCCUUUGAAGUUUUCAUUAGUCCUUUCAAUUUAAUAAAGGGUGACCUCGAUAAAAGCAGAAAACAUAUGACCAAUCCGGUCAUAAACAAAAUGAUAGCAAGCAGUUCUUUGAAAAAAGAGUUAGUAGAGUUAUUCGAUCCAUGAAUUUUAGAUAAUGGUUCCGUAGUCGGUGGUAACAGCUCAAAGGAAUGAGAUGGGCCUAAAAGAAACGUUCCUUGAAUGGCCUUGUUCAAAAAAUGCAGCCCUGUCAGACUUUCCAAUGUCACCGCAUUAUGUUGUGUAUAACAAGUUGCAUUCUGCGUGGCCAUAAUCGAAGGAUAAUUAUCUGAAGAUAGAGCAAACCAAACAUCAUCCUCAGUGUGAUUUACGUAUACAGCUUCAUUAUCUCCUUGAAAAGCAAAGUCCGAAAAAGACAAAUGCCUUUGAGGGAGAACAAACGUUCGCCUAUUCGUUGCUGCUAGUUCUUUCCUAUUGACUGAAACAGUAUAGACAUUAAAUGCAUUUGAGAUGGGUGCACUUGUAUUAACAAAAUACAGUGGUUUUUUCAGUUUCCUGUCAAAUAAAGUGAAGAAAUUUUCAGGUAAAGCGAUGGCAACGUGAUCACUUUCUGGACGAUCAUAAUGACUGAGAAAUAUCGUAUCCUGAUACGAAGGCAACCAUUCAAUGUAUUUGGCACUUAAUAUGACAUGUGAAGACGAAUAAAUUGUAACGGUGUAUUCCACCAACGCAAUAUCAGCAAUGCGAUUUUCCUCUUGAACAUUUUGCGUCAUAACCUGCGCUUGUAAAUGUUCCAACUCAUCAAGGUCGGAAGGUACCAGAUCGUUGGUAACGGCAGGCAUACAUUGCAUAGUAUCCCGAGUACUGCUAGUCUUUUUCCCUAGAUGCGAGUCUCUAUCUCCAUAAAAUUCAGUAUUGUAUCGCUUCAAUACAUUUCCAGUUAUUAGAUCAACAGUGAAAAGAGUUGUUUCUUUGCUCCCAACAAAAACCGUGUCAGGUCCAAGAACUCGAAUGGGAGAUAAAUCGACAAGUUCUCGAAUUGUGUGAUGCGCUUUCAACAUGCCGGUAUGUCGAUUAAAUGCAUAAAGUUUGCCAUCAUGAACGGGCUCUAUAAACCAGAUAUAUUCUCCAUCAUCAAUUACAUGUCCGGUAAAA